AAAAUCGGUGGGGAUUUCCCCUCACGCUAUCGCGCAGCCAUAAUGGCGACCAACUGAAAACCAGUGAGACGGGUUUUUAAGCAAUAUAUUGGCGAAACUAUUAAUUAAUUUCUAGAAGGUGGCCUCAUAGCUGUUAGCCUAUACAGUGAUUCGUGUUUGACAUAUAGCGGGCAUAAUAAUUGACCAACUGAAAAUAACGAAUAAUGAAAUCGUCAACUCUAAAACUAGCAUAUUGACAACCAACUGUUAUAUGCCUGCGGUGCGCACCUAACAGUAGAUUAGUCUAAAUUUUUACCGGGCUAUAGGCCUACACAGUGGUUCGCUUUCAGAAAGAAAGCGAGGACUUUGUGGUUGACGAGGUUACUAGUUUAGCUAGCAGCCAUAUUUGUCAACCUACAAUAUAUUAUGUAUUGUUCUGAGAUCCGACGCUUGCUCUACUAGAGUUCUUAUUGGUUCCGGUAUGCGGACGUCACACCCAGGUCCCCCUAUCGGAAAUUGUGUUCUCUGAAGAAGCCAAGAGUCAGGAGGUUCAUCUGUGUGCCUAAAGGGGAACGGCCGAGAGCAAGAUGGCAAAUACAGUGGUUGAGACUCCAGGCUCCUCCCGCGAUAAAACCAGCCGCUUUUACCUGCUGGCCUGGAUCAACAACCUGCUGAAGACAGACUUCAAAGAUGUGCGGGAGAUGGGCUCAGGUGCAUGCCACUGUCAGAUCCUGGACUGGGCUGUUCCUGGCUCUCUUGACCUGUCCAAGGUGAAGUUUGAUGCAAAGACCGAGGAUGACUGUAAGCACAACUUCACUCUGCUGAACAAGGCCCUCAGCAAGAGCGGUUUUACAAGGAUCAUUCCAGUUGAGGAAAUUGUAAAAGGGGAUUUUAAAAGCAACUUUGAGAUCCUGAAGUGGUUCAAAGCUCUCUACUUAGCAAAUGUGAAAACUACCAAAUAUGAUCCUGUGAAAGCUCGGGACAGCCAGGAUAUCAGCCCCAUUGUGUUAUCUCCACUGCCACGGAGCCAUAAAUUGGAAUCAGGCGCAGAACAGAACGGCACUGAAAUUACCAAAAAAUUCCCGUACUCUGAAGAGUGGAAGAAUAUUUUUGACUGGGCUGAACGUAGCACCCUUGGAGACCACUAUACCUACUGCCACACUUGUGCCAGAAACUUGAGCACGUAUUAUAAAGGCCUCUCUGAACUUCGGCGACACUCAGAAACGAAAUUACACAAGAAAGAGGCUGAAAUUUCCAAGAGUGCUGCUCUGCAAAGCCAACGCUCUGAACCGCUGCCCUGUAGCGAUGCAGCUAUUCAAUUUAUUCACAAACACUAUAACAGCAGCAGCUCUGCUAAAGGUGAACAGGUGUCUAGACAAUUUGCACGCCACAAGCUGGGACUGCGGUACCCCAGAGAUAUUACAUCUGUUUGCCAGCACACUCCGUACUGUCUAUACAUUUAUGGAGGAGUAACAGUGGGAGAGGAUGACACCGUCUCUGUGGUCCUUGUUGGAUUUUUUGACGUUAAAGUCGGCAGGUACUACAUCCGGUUCCUGGAUGCUCUUCAGUCGGUGGACGGUGCUGCAGCAGUGGGGGAGACCUUGAAGAAAUUUGGGCUACCCACAGAUAACCUUGUCGCGGUUUAUCUCGACGGAGAUGAUGUGGCCUCGGAGCAGAUUUGCUCACAGCUCAGGGAAAUCAAUCCAAACAUAAUAGCGUUAGAAGGACUGUACAGCAUCGCCGACGCUGCUUGCAAUGCUGGAGUUAAGCAGCUCUCCAAUCAGACUCAAGAGCUGAUGGCAGACAUCUACGCCUAUUACUCCUCCUCCUCUACAGAGAAUGACAACCUCAAGGCUCUUUUUGGCUCAGAUAUCACUCCGGACAGUCCAUCAUUUUGUAUCAACACCAGCUGCCUUAACUUUUGCCAAUUAGUCACAAAAAUGUUGGAAAUAUGGACAGAUCUGAUUUUGUACUUUAGCUCUUGUGACAAAGAUGAUGACAAAGCAAAGUCAAUCUGCACCCAGCUGCAGGAUCCCAAAGUCAGGGCAACAUUUAUGUUCCUGAAGCAGGCCUUAAAGCCACUGCAGAGUUUCCAAAAGAAUCUGCAAACAAAGGAAGGAGCUCCCCGAGCUGAUUUGGUGUCCAUCUUAGAAGACGCCAGUAACCUGCUGGGUACCUACAUCCCCUACUUCCUUCAUCGUCAGGCUGCUGAUCGCUUCCUCAAGGAACUCGAUGCCCAAAUCCUCAAGAACAACAAAUUCCACCUGUCACAUCCUGAACUUAGUCUGGGCGGGAAAGCCGUGGAAGACUUCCUUAAUGAGUCUGAGGCUGCAGACGCACUGCCAUUGUUAAAAGAAGAGGUGCUGUCUUUCUACAUUGCACUCACAAGUUGCAUUGCAGAGAAGCUGCCUCUUGGUGAUAGUGUGCUAAGGAGCAUAGCUCAGCUACUGAACCCUCACAGCAGGCAGCAAGUGACAGGGAAAGCAGUAGAGAAGCUUGGGAUCAAGCUGGGAAUCUGCAGCUCUGAAGAGGAGGUCAGCCAGCUCAGGAACAAAUUCCUUGAGUAUCAGUUGGCUGAGGAGAGCAAGGGUGAAGAGGGAGAGAAGAACCAGUUAGCAAAGGUUUCACUGGAGAAACACUGGGCCAAUGUACUGAAGGACAAGAAGCCGACACUGUUUAGAAGGCUUGUUUUGACCCUGCUGUCUCUCCCAUGUCCACCACUUGAUGCUCAGCAAGUGUUUUCUCAGGCCUUAGGGAAUGGAGACUCUGCACUUUUGUCCGAGAGUGAAGAAAGCGAGUGUGACUCCACGUCUGACAGUGCUCUCUCUGACAGCACCGGCAACAAAUACUUCACAGUUCACACUAAAGAAGUGAAUGGCAUUACUGUGAGCGUGAAGCCGUGUGAAGUCCGCCUUACAAAGUUAAACAAGCUGAAGACUGAAUAUGAGAGAAUACCUGGAGACAAUGGUGUCAUUUGGAAAGAGGGGACCAGUAGGGGGAGUUUUGGCUGGGAGAGCAGCUUGCGCCAGAAGCCACAGGCCCGUACAGUGUUUCAGGCUGGUGUUAGCACCUGGUCCAAACCCAUAGGUCAUGAUAAAGACAGCAAAAAGGGUGUGGAGUCCCAAGAUGAGGUGGCAGAAGAGUCAUCGCCAAAUGGUAAAUCUACACCAAGAGGACGACGGAAACAAGGUUACCAGGAUGGGAAAGGGUUUCUGGCAGGAGAGCUGGUGUGGGGGAAAGUGAAGGGGUUUUCCUUGUGGCCCGGGAUGGUGAUGCCCUGGAAAACCAAGCUGGCUCCCCCGGGAAUGAGGAGGGUGGAGUGGUUCGGAGACGGGAAGUUCUCAGAGAUCUACACCGAGGGUCUUCUCCCAUUUAGUGCCUUCACUAAGUGCUUUUGCAAGAAUUCCUUUGCCAGCUUGCCCAUCUACAAAGAAGCCAUUUACCAAAUCAUCGAGUUGGCAGGUGAGCGAUGUGGGAAGUCUUUUGCUGAGGCAAAAGGAAGUAAAGAAAAGGAGCUGAAGUUGAUGCUGGACUGGGCUUUUGAAGGAUUUCUGCCCACAGGACCUGAAGGAUUCGUACCUCCUGAUUCUGCUGCACAUGCUGACUCUUCUGACUCUGCCCAGUCUGACUACCAGCCCCCGGCAAAAAGGAAAUACAUUUUUAAAAAUAAGGCAAAUGCACCUGUCAUCACCUAUAGCAAAGAAUCAAUAAUAGAGAAGAUCAAAGAGAAAGGCAGAACAAUUGCAGAUUUUUGUUUGACUUGUGGAUCCACUGAGAUUGAGGUGCAGCACCCACUGUUUGAAGGUGGUCUUUGUCUAAAAUGCAAGGAGAACUUCACAGAGACGCUGUAUCGCUACGAUGAAGACGGCUACCAGUCGUACUGCACUGUGUGCUGUGCUGGGCUGGAGGUCAUCCUGUGCGGUGAAGUGAGCUGCUGCAGGUGUUUCUGUAAGGACUGUCUGGACAUCCUUGUGGGCCCAGGAACCUUUGACAAGCUCAAAGACAUCGACCCCUGGAGCUGCUACAUGUGCAAGCCAUCACAGUGUGAGGGAAACCUCAAACUAAGACCAGACUGGAGCGUGAAGGUUCAAGACUUCUUUGUCAACAACAGCGGCAUGGAGUUUGAGCCUCACAGAGUUUACCCCUCCAUCCCUGCUGGUCAGCGCAGACCUCUCAAGGUGCUCUCACUUUUUGACGGCAUUGCAACAGGAUACCUGGUGCUCAAAGACCUGGGCUUCAAGAUCGACCGCUACAUCGCCUCAGAGAUUUGUGAGGAUUCGAUUGCUGUAGGGAUGAUCAAGCACGAAGGGAAGAUCGAAUAUGUCAACGACGUUCGCACCAUCACAAGGAAACAUCUGGCUGAAUGGGGUCCAUUCGAUCUUCUGAUUGGAGGCAGUCCCUGUAACGACCUGUCCAUGGUCAACCCUCUGCGAAAAGGAUUAUUUGAGGGCACUGGCAGACUCUUUUUUGAGUUCUACCGGAUUCUGACGUUGUUGAAACCAAGGGAGGACGAUGACCGUCCGUUCUUCUGGUUGUUCGAGAAUGUUGUUUUCAUGAGCGCCAAUGACAAAAAUGACAUCUGCAGAUUCCUUGAGUGCAAUCCAAUUCUCAUUGAUGCAGUCAAAGUCAGUCCUGCUCACAGAGCACGCUACUUUUGGGGAAACCUUCCUGGCAUGAACAGGCCUCUCGCUACAUCUUUAGACGACAAAGUGGCUCUUCAGGAUUGUUUGGAAGUUGGACGCACGGCGAAGUUUGACAAAGUCCGCACCAUCACAACAAAGUCUAACUCCAUAAGGCAGGGGAAGAUGGGACCGCUACCCGUCUCCAUGAAUGGCAAGGAGGAUUACCUGUGGUGCACCGAAAUGGAACAGAUCUUUGGCUUCCCCAAACACUACACAGAUGUGAACAACAUGGGCCGGAUGCAAAGGCAGAAAGUCCUGGGUCGCUCCUGGAGCGUCCCAGUUAUUCGCCACCUCUUCGCUCCACUGAAGGAUUAUUUUGAAUGUGAAUAACGACUCUGAAGUGACUUUUCAUGUCAGAGCAGCAGCGGUAAACCUACUGCCUUAUCCUGCCCUAAACUCUAGCAUUUUGACUUUUAGAAAUGUUUUCACUCAUGAGCUCCUUUAAUCCUGUGAGAUGUCACUCAUCCACUAUCACCAGCAGGCACAGACACUUUUCAGUUUUUAAGUUUUUAUUUCAGGAUAAAUGACGGUGCUGUUAUCAAACGGUAAUGUUGCUCUCAACAUGGGCCUGUAACACGAAGCGAGAUUAGAUGGUUAACCAGCUAUCUUUGGGCUUAACUCAGGUUUUACAGCAUCACAAGGCUGACUCACUUUACAUCAGGUUAAAUUUGUAACCUACUGUAGGGCUAAUGUGCUCCAGGGAAACAGCUCAAAUACUGAUCAGAAAAUUGAGUCAUUAUUACUACACAACAGGAUCCUGACUAAGUUUACAGUGAAAUGACAGUUUACAGUGAAGUGACAAGUAAUGAUGCAUAUUAACCGCACACAGUGUUUUUAAUUAGCUCAGUGAAUUAAACAUUUAACAGUUUGAUCAGUGAGAUUUAUCACUGGGCGCUGCAGAUUCCCUCUGCUCGAUGGAGGAUUUUAGCAUCUUUAAGCUUUAAGCUAAGGUUUUCUGGCACAGUCCGAGACCAGCUGGUGAACACAGUGGAGGAUUUAGCAACUAAAGAGGCAAAUAUUUCCCUCAAGAGUUGGUGGAGACCAAACUAGAGGUAAAAAAAUUCUACACUCUAAUUGUAACUAUUAUCCAGGAUCACCAGUGUUAGACUCAGUAACGUUUGUUAACCCAGAAGACGCUUCGUGAUACAGGCCCCAGGUCUCUACCUCAACAUUGAUUUAUCUGUUGAAAAUCUACAGUUACACUUUUUUAUCUUCAUUAAUUUAUGUAAAAUGUUAACUAUGUUUUCUCUAUACAUGUAUUUUGUAUUGUUUUAUUGUGUAAUCUUACCAGGGAUUUAGGUUUGAUUUAAUCAUUAUUGAUUGUACCUCUUGAAUGGAUCAACUAGUCAGUUUUUAAAUCUACUUUUUAAACAACUUUUUAAAACUUUUUAAUCCAAAUUUACAUGAAUCUCACUGUGGUGGAGCAGUGACUUUGUCCAAAAUGACCUCACUGGGUUUGCAUUUGUGCAAACAUUUUUAUCUGUUUUAAGGACUGUUAUUUAUGCAAGACCAAAAAUACUCUGUGGCCACUCACUGAGAACAAACGUUGUAUCACUGUAGAGUACUGCAUAGGGCUGACUUAAUGUAACAUAUUUAAUCAUGUCUAAUGUAGGAGAUGUGUACCUUACAGGACCAUAGCGAUGGUUUUGCAUGUUUGAUCUUUUUAAUAACUCAAUAUAAAAACAACAAAAGGCACCAAAACUCAGAGCUCACUGUGGAUUCUAGGCUGAAAAAGUCAAGUCACAGACCUUUGUUAAAGUACAAAAGUUAAAAAGAUUUUAUUGUGGCUGCAUUUUUAAAAACACUGAGUUACAGCUCUUGUAGAUCUUACUAAAUAUUUGAUAUUAGAAAAAUAAUAAAAGGUAAUAUUUCUAGGAUUCAUCUUUUUGGAUGUCGGACAAACAAGGCUACAUGAUUAGCAUUUUUAAUCCUUAUAUUCUUUAAGCAUCAAUUAAUUGAGAAAAUGAUCAGCAGGUUAAUCAGUAAUGAGAAUAAUAAUUAUUUGCAGCUGUGCUGUAACACCAGUGUAAGAGGCAGUACCAGUAGUAGAAGCAGCAGUAAUGUUUACUGUAGGUGCACAUGCAAAAACACUGGUAUGGUCCUUUAAAUCUCAGUGAAACUCAACCCAAUGGUAAUUUCCAAGAGUGUAAUAUUUUUUUUUUGAUUUUGUUUAAUUGACAAUUUUUUUAAUUGUCCUCCAACAAUCGUCAGUACUGUUCAGGUUCAGGUGCUUCUAAUGUUAACUUUACUGAAUGGUAAGAUAGUGGUGUUGCCUUAGGUAUGAACCGCGUUCACUGUAAGUGCUGAAUCUGUCCACGAUGGACGGGCCGACAGUGAGAUCAAACUGUUCUGACGUGAUUGACACAUUUUACCUCACUGAUUGUUCAGAUGUCUGUUUCCUGAUGGUGGUGCUAUGCUAACGGUGCUAACUUUGCAUGAACAUUUUUGGUCUUGGUUUUGUCUUUUUACCUCUACCCUUAAUCAACACCUGCUAAAAGUGAAAUUUUCAUGUAGGUUUUUAUUAUGCAGUGUGUUGAUUGUUUAAUUGUGUGUUUCCUUUAUAUGAACUAAGAAAGUGAUGUAGGGAAAUAUUAGUGUGAUAAACAGUAUAGUCAGUUUCCUUGGUGAAAACAAAAAGUGAGUCAGGACAUGAUGAAUAAAUGUACAUGGGAUUUUAACUCAGGCAAAACUGAACAAGUUGCUUGCUGCCUGUUUUUUUUUGUUUGUUUGUUUGUUUAUUUCUAUACGGUCCUGGUUAAUUUGGUCAAAAAUGUAUUUUCCUGAGCCAAAACAUCUAAUUGUGACUUGUUUAAUUGCUUACCCAUGACUAAUUAAACAAACUUUUCUAAAAUCAUCAUAUAAAUGAUCUACUGUAUAUUCCACCAGCAGAGGUCGACACUGUUCACAGCACUGCUGCAGUAAAUCAUGUGGGAUGUGCAGAGUGAGGAUCAGAGUUUUCAUGUUGAGCUUUCAUCCUGUCACAACUACAGCUGUUUACGACAGACAUGUUAAUAUGGAGGCAGCAGUGACUUUAUUUUAUUUCACCAUGAUAAUCCACCCAGUAUUAAAACUAAAACAUCAGACAGUUGGUGCAGUCUGUUGAUCACAUGUACUGUUCGUUCCCUUGUUGUUUCACUGAGUCCACACAGUGGCACUGUAACACUGAAGGCUGCUUCGAAUGCAGCAUUUCAGGGAUUUCAGGAGGCAUGGGUCCCUCCUCUCUAAGGCUUCUGACCUUGUGUGACUGUUAAGGGCCGGUGGUGAAACCCAA